AUGUCUCUCAACGUCGACGACCGCUCGAGAAAGGGCCGCUCUAGGUCCCGGUCCCGUGAUCGCCGCACCAAGGAUGAAGUUCCCUCCGAACGCCCCGGCUACGGCGACCGCGAAUCGAGCUACAUCUACCCCGAAGACGACCUUGAUGAUCGCUACAAUCGCCCCGGCGACCCCAAGGCCAGCGGCGCCCUCCCUUACCCUGAGGAGGGUGGCCUCUACCCAAUGGUUCCCGGCGAACAAGGCGACUACUCCCAGCAGCCGACAUACCGAACAGCUUCUCCGCCCCACGACUCGCCGUACCGCGCUUCGCACGAGAGGGUAGACAACAAUCCGCCAGGAGCUUUCCCAGAGGACAAUCGUCGCGAAAAGGAAAAGGAGCCCUACACACGCACUGUUGAGCCCCGCGACGAGAAGCAUGACCGCCGCCAGGAGGAAGAGGAAGACAAGUUCAAGUUUCUCCCACAAAAGUACAGUCGCAAGAUCGCCGCCAAGAUCACUGGCCAGUCCUCGGACAGCGACAAGGAAAAGGACAAGAAGGACAGCCGCAGUCGCAAAGACAAGUAUGACGACGACCUAGCUUAUGGCAAGCCUUCGACGCCUUCGCGUCCCAAGGGCCCGUCAGAUGACUUGGCUUACGGCAAGGCCUCGGGAAUACCCUCAACCGCUAGCCAGGCUGUGUCUGGUUCUUACAGCGGCAACAAUCCGACUACAACUCGUGGUGGUGUCUACACUGGUGCUGCGCCCACUCGCGACCAGUACUACCCUCAGGAGCAGCAGGGCAAUGUCCCUCCAACUCAGGGUCAGUACUAUCCUCAACAACAGCCCGGUGGUGUCCCACCUUCCAAGGACCAAUAUUAUCCCCAACAGCAACCAGGCGGUGUUCCUCCCUCCAAGGAUCAGUACUAUCCUCAGCAGCACAGCGGUGCCCCUCCUCCCAAGGACCAAUACUACCCCCCGCAGCAACCCACGUAUGCGCACGGCGAUCACGAGUAUGACCCUGACCGACGGCGUCCACUCAGCCCGGCCGUAGACGAGUAUGGCCCUCGAAGGUCAAGGGAGGACGCAUACAGAACUGAGUACAACACAAAUGUCUUGACCGUUGAGCCCAAGGAGCGUGAUCGCGACAGGUCCCGCGACCGCCGCAAGGAGAAGGACGGCCGAAGCAGCUCGGAUAGGCUCGGGGUCGACUCCAGCAGCCGAAAACGUGAAAAGUCUCGAGAUCGAUCUCGCCGAAGGGAGAAGUCGCCUCAUCAUCAUAGGCACAGAUCGCGAUCCAAGGAUGGACACCGCAGCCGCAAGGACAAGUCUCCUGCGCCUCCGACUGAGAAGAUGUCAUCUCUCAGCGUGAACACCGCGCUGGCUGGUGGACUGACUGCUGGUGGACUGGCAGCUGGCGCAUCACUUGCCAAUGCCCCGCCGUCGCCCAUGUUGGAGUCGUACUACGGCACCUACCAGGCCUGUUCACCCAUGCCCUCGCCUCUCUUGCUACCUUCUGCUGAUGACAAGGCCCUUGAGCCACUCUCUCCUCUCGGCUCCGACAACGAGGGCGACAGCAGACGUCGCAGCCGACGCGCUCGCUUCCACGAUGCCGAGGACAUAACGACCCAACUCGCGCAAGCUCUCAAGAGCAGCCGCCGGCCUGACACGGCGCCGCUCAUCGAAAUCUUGCCCAGCCUGACGCACGAGCAGGUCAUGGAGCUGCGCGCCGAGUACAAGCGGCUCGUCAAGACGGGGCCGGAGCGCAAGGGCGUUAACCUCGCCAAGCACAUCCGCGCCCGCCUCAAGGACGAGGACCCGCUCCUCAUGAAGGCCUGCUACUCGGUCGCCCUGGGAAGGUGGGAGAGCGAGGCCUACUGGGCCAACUUCUGGUAUCAGGGUGACAAGACGCGCCGCGAGCUCCUUAUCGAGUCUCUCAUGGGCCGUACCAACGGCGAGAUCCGCCUCAUCAAGGAUGCCUUUACCGACAAGAAGUACGACAACAGCCUCAUCAAGUGCAUGAAGGAGGAACUCAAGGAGGACAAGUUUAAGAAGGCUGUCCUCAUGGUCCUUGAUGAACGCCGGAUGGAGGAGUACGACCACUAUGGACGCCUGCAGCCCCUCGACUAUGGCCUGGUCGACCAGGACGUUGCCGACCUGCGCCGUGCUGUUAGAUCCGAGAAGGGUGGCGAGACGGCCAUGAUUACCAUCAUUGUCCAGCGCAGUGACUCUCACCUGCGUGCCAUCCUUCAGGAGUACGAGAGGCAGUUCCGCGCCAAUUUUGCCCGUGAUGCCCUCAAGAAGAGCGGAAACUUAGUGGGUGAACUCCUCGCGCAUAUUCUCAACGGCGUCAUCAACCGACCCGUCCGAGACGCUCUCCUGCUGCACCACGCCAUCUCUGCGUCUCGCAAGGACGGUCUCCGUCGGGAAUUGCUCAUCUCUCGUCUUGUCCGAUACCACUGGGACCCUGACCACAUGCGUGCCGUCAAGCAGGCCUACCGCGAGCGUUACAACAGAGGCCUGGGAGAUGCUGUGCGAGAGGCCACGAGUGGCGAAUGGGGCAUGUUUUGUGAGGAGCUGUGCAUAGCGCGAACGCCCCCUGAUGUGAGGAGAUUUGACAAGAUCAGCUACAGUACGAGGUGA